ACGGUAAGUACAAACAUGAUCAGAACUCAGAUGGCGAAGAAGAAAUGCUUUCGCCUAUCCUUGUUUGCCGUUGUCUCUGUGAUACUCCUGUUGGUGCCAUAUAUGGCUCGCUUGGAUUUCCCAGACACUGUGAUUACCCGUUCUCCGAUAUCAAGUAGCAGAGUAGAAAAUGAUUCUCCAGAAACGACAGGACAACCGCAGUUUGUCUAUCUCGUCCAAGGCGCAUCAAGACACCCUAUUCCCGGUCUCAAGGCCACGCCGAAUCGAGAAAUAAUAUGGCUGACGUACAGAGACAAAACAGGCGACAUCUACUUUCCGAAUAGCACUCAUGCCACAGGUCGUAACCGGCUGCUUUGGGAAGCAACUGAACGUGCAUCUAAAAGGAAUGACGGCGGCUACUUGUACUACCUAUUUCUGGACGAUGACUUGUUGCUAACUAAUGAGAAGGAUAAGAAACGCUGGUGGCGAAAAAAUUUACCAAGCAACCCUUUUGAACGAUUUGAACUGUUUUUACUGGAUUUCCAACCGGCAGUUGGGUUUCCAGGUUAUUUUUUUCACCUCCCUGCUGUUCCAUCCCCAGUUGGGGUGACAUACAACUUCGAUGCUAUUUUCAACGGGUUUCACCGCCACACAAUGUCCUUCAUGUUGCCAUACAUAAGCGAUUUAGAUCACACCUCAUGGUUCUUUGCGCAGUGGUUUGUCAUUCACAUAUCUGCAAUGUUUUAUAAUUCAAAUCGUGUCCUUUGCAAAGCGGUGUACGCAAAAAAUAAAAGGCAUCACUCGAGCAAUGGAGCCUACACCGAUUCUAACGAUUUCCGUAUAUCGCGUGACUAUUUUCGAACGUGGUUUAACAAGAACAACACAGUUAAAACCGCCAACGGGGAGAUUAUUUACUUGCUUCAGACCUUUAAGACACAAGCCAUGUAUUUGGACAUUCCGGGAAAUGCCAGCAGAAAACACAAUAUGGAAUACAGAGUUUCCACAAAGUUUAUAACCACUGCAUUCAAUAAGUCCCAUCCAGGUGUUCAAAGGAUUCUGCACUGGAGAAGUUUACCAAAAGUAAGGAAUAUUCUCUAUGGAAGUGAGAAGGAUGAACCCGAUUUCUUUCCGGAUGUUUUCCCCUUGCACUAACCCCCUCUUUAUACAUUCUACGCCCGCCACAAGGAAACCAGUUAGACAUUUUCACUGCUGGACCCAGAAUUUUUCUGAAAGGGGGUGGACAACAAAAAAGAAACGACAAAAUAUCUUGCUUUCCUGGACAAACAUUAAAUAUGCAGGGAAAGAAGUGGUAAUUUAGACACUUUCAUAAAGUAGACUGGUGGACUCACAUGACACUGUGCAGAAUUAAAAAAAUUAAAACUCGAAAACAGUUUUAUGUUUUUUUUUCAGCGAUUUUCGACAGGGUUUAAAUUGGUUCUUAUGAGGACAUUGCUUAAAUUAACAAGUCUUUUAUAUAGAUAUGAAACACACAUGGUGUAUGCCUUAAAUAUUAUGCACAUAUAUAUCAUGUAUCUUUCUAUCCGGCAUUAUUUCGAAUUUAAAUAGGAAAUCUUAUGUAAACGGAGAGCAUAGAGUAGGAGUGACCACUGACCAGUACCGAUAGAAUAAUAAAAACCCCUUGCUUCAACCCCUGAGUUCUGAUCGAGUACGGGCGGGGAGACGGCAGUUGCCGUCUAUAAAGGGCUGUAACAAUGUAUGUUCCACGUGUCCUACCCUUUACCACUGGUAGCACCAGGACCACAGAUUGAUUUAUCACUAAACAUUCACAGUUAUGUCUCAAAAUAAAUGAUAGCACUUUUCUCACAUACUUACCAGGGUA